AUGACACAAAGGAUGGGUAGGGUGUUGCCAAGCAUCAUUAGCAAGAAUCAAGCAGCUUUUGUGCCUGGACAAAAUAUACACAAUCACAUUCUCCUAGCUUAUGAGUUGCUAAAGGGCUAUGAGAGGAAAGGUGGGACUCCUAGAGUGAUGAUGCAAGUGGAUCUCCAAAAAGCCUAUGAUAUGGUUAAUUGGAAUGCACUUGAUUGUAUUUUGAGGGAAAUUGGGUUUCCCAACCAAUUCAUUAGAUGGAUCACAACUGGUGUAACUACUGUGUCCUAUAAAUUUAAUAUAAAUGGAGAACUUGAUAAGUGCAAAUUGUAG